AUGUAUGGACGUAAGAUUAGUUCUAAGUUAGAUGAGGUUAACACUAGAUUGGAUGAGCUUGUUGAUCAGAAAAAUAAGCUAGGUUUGGAUUUGAAUGUGAAACUUGAAAGAUCGAAUAAAAAUAAAUCAGAUGUACCAUUCCAUCAAAUUUCAUAUGUUAAUGAGUCCAAAGUUUUGGGUCGGGAAAACGAUAAAGAGGCAUUGAUUGGGCGGUUGCUUGGGAGUGAAGAAGAAACGAGCAGUAAUCAAAAGGUGAUCAGCGUUGUGUCGGUUGUUGGUAUGGGUGGCCUUGGAAAAACAACUCUCGCCCAACUUUUGUACAACGAUAAGAGAGUGAAGGAUCACUUUGAACUCAUGGCAUGGGUUUGUGUUUCCGAUGACUUUGAUGUUUUCAAUAUCAGUAAGCAAAUUUAUCAAGCUAUAGGAGGGGAACACAAAGACUUUGCUAAUCUGGAUCUGCUAUCUGUUGCCCUUAAAGAAAAACUUGCAGGGAAAAGGUUCCUUGUUGUUUUAGACGAUGUUUGGAAUGAAGAUGACAAGAAAUGGGAUCUUCUUAGAAGUGCUUUUGAUGUGGGGGCACAUGAGAGUAAAUUUCUGGUGACCACGCGGAACAAGGAGGUUGCAUCAGUGAUGGACUGUUUUCAACCUUAUAUACUAGAGGUUUUAUCAGAUGAUAUAGCUCUAUCUUUAUUUGCUCAAUCUGCACUUGAUGAGCAAAACUUUGACAAACACCCAUCACUUAAAUCCGUUGCUCAAGCAAUCGUUAAGAAGUGUGAUGGGUUGCCCUUGGCUUUGGUAACUCUUGGGAAGGUCUUGAAACGAAAAGAAAGUGAUGAUGAAUGGGAGGCAUUGCUGAAUAGCGAAAUUUGGAACUUAGAUGAUGAAAGUGGCAUUCUUCCGGCUCUCAAGUUAAGCUACUAUGACCUCCCUUCGCAUCUAAAGCAAGUGUUUGCAUAUUGCUCCUUAUUUCCAAAGGACUAUGAGUUUGAAAGGAAGAAACUAGUCCUAUUGUGGAUGGCACAAGGGUUUGUGUUCCAAACAAAGGGCAAAAAUCAACCAAUUGAGAGUUUGGGUGACAAGUAUUUCGAAGAGUUACUCUCAAGGUCCUUUUUUCAGCCUUUUGGGAAAGAUGGAUCAAGGUAUAUAAUGCACGACUUGAUGAAUGACUUGGCCACAAGUGUUGCAGUAGAGUUUUUCUUUAGGUUGGAUGAGAAUAUGGAGUUAAACGAUAGGAAUGAAGCUUAUGAAAAGUUUCGUCACUUUUCAUUCAUAGGUCAACAACGAGUUACAGAGCAUAUAAAGUUCAAGGAAUUACACAGAGCUAGAUCCUUGCGAACAUUCUUACGGGUGUCAGUUGGUUGGGAGAAAUUUAUAACAUUGGACGAUGUUACUUUAGAUUUACUCCCCCACUUAAACUUCCUAAGGGUGUUAAGCUUAACGAAUGAGUCAAUCACAGAGGUACCACGUUCCAUUGGUAAUUUGAAGCAUCUAAGGUACCUCAAUUUUUCAAAUACCGACAUCCAAGGAAUACCCGAACAAGUGAGCGAAUUAUAUAAUCUACAAUGCUUGUUGGUUCGUGACUGUUAUAAGUUAUCUAGUUUGCCAGUGAGUUUUGUAAAGCUAAUAAACUUGCGACAUCUUGACAUGACUUAUACUCCGUUAUUGAACAAGUUGCCUUUGGGGAUCGGUGGGUUGACGAGUCUACAAACAUUAUCCAAGGUUAUAAUCGAAGAAGGUAACGGUUUUAAAAUAUCUGAGCUUAAGGGCCUGUCAGAUCUCCAAGGCGAGCUUUCCAUCGAGUGCUUGGAGAAAGUGAUACAACCAACAGAAGCAAACGAUGCAAAGUUACAACAAAAAACAGGUCUUUAUGAACUGAAUAUGAGAUGGAGUGAUGUUUUCGAUGGUUUUCGGGAUCCAGCUAUUGAAUAUGAGGUACUUGAAAGGCUAAGGGCUCCCUCGAAGCUGAAAAUACUGAGCAUUUCAUUCUAUAACGGAAUGAAAUUUCCUAGUUGGAUUGGGAAUCCCAAAUCAUUUAAUCAUUUAACAGAGCUCAGGUUAAUCGGCUGUGAAAACUGCACAGAAUUACCAACGCUUGGGCAUCUAAGUUCACUUCGGAAUUUGUAUUUGAGCAACAUGAAAGCGGUGCAGACUGUGGGUAUUGAGUUACUAGCACAUACUAAACCUUUUCAUGGCGAUGCAUUUCCGUCACUUGAAUCCUUGGAAGUUGAGGAUAUGCAAUGUCUGGAGGAAUGGUCGACCAGUGGUGGUGACGGUGUCGAGACUCCUCGAUCAUUUCUUAGACUUCGUGAAAUUUCAAUUAAAAGGUGUCCGAAACUUGAUAAGGUAUCAUUUGGAUUGGUACCAUCACUUGAGAAAUAA